AUGGCAAUGUCAAAGAAUUUAAUUAACUUGUUAGACGAUGCCGUGUCUGAGACUCUAUCAGGGUUAUCCUAUACGUAUCCGCAACUAGAACAUCAUGUAUCGCACAGAGUUGUACUAUCACCAGAUCAUAGGAAUCGUCAAGGUAAAGUGGCCUUGAUUUGUGGCGGCGGUAGUGGACACGAACCAUUUGCUGCAGGAUUUGUUGGCAGCGGUAUGUUGACAGCUUCCAUAGCAGGAUCUAUUUUUGCAGCACCGCCGUCUAUUCAUAUCACAUAUGCUCUUCAGUGUAUUGCAGAAAAUAACAAAGAUGGUAUUGUGGUUGUGAUACCUAAUUACACGGGGGAUCGUUUGAAUUUUGGCAUAGCGAUUGAGAAGAUUCGACAAGCGGACGUUGCGGUGGAGGAAAUAAUCGUGGAUGAUGACUGCAGUAUUCCCGUAAAUGAACAAAGCGUCGCUGGUAGACGCGGACUGGUGGGCAUGCUGUUCGUUAUAAAAAUUGCAGGUGCUUUCGCAGAAAAGAGUUUCCCUCUGUGUAAAGUAGCAGAAAUUGCACGAUGUGUUUCACAAAACACUGCAACCUAUGGAAUCGGAUUAUCCGCGUGCGCAAUACCAGGUCAAGGUCUCAUGUUCGAGCUUGCACAGGAUGAGAUAGAGUGUGGAAUGGGAGUGCACGGAGAAGCAGGAUAUGAGAAAAUUAAGAUCAGGACUGCAUCUGAACUGGUGAUGUUAAUGCUAAAGCGCAUUUGUGAGGCUUUAUCUUUGUCCGCUAAUGACUCGGUCGCGGUUAUAGUCAAUAAUUUCGGUGCUUUAAGUCAAUUGGAACAAGGAAUAAUCGUCUAUGAGGUUGUAAAUCAGCUUCAAAAGGCAAGUAUACAGCCUGUUCGCGUCUACUCCGGUGUUUUAAUGACAUCCUUAAAUAGUGUCGGGAUACAUAUAAGUUUGCUAAAAUUAACCGAAAACCAUGGGAAUGUAUUUAUCGAUUGCCUUGACGAAAAAACGACGGCACCAUGUUGGCCAGGCUGCACUUAUAGCAUUCCUUCGAUUUUAACUCCAUUAAACACUCUAUUAAAAGAUGUGAAGAAAGAAGAAGUAGAGAAGAUAGGAAUAUUGUUAAAUAUGAGCGAUCAAUGCCUGAUUAAAUUAUGUUUGAAAAACGCAUGUGUCGCUAUUAUCGAGAAAGAGGCGUAUCUUAAUGAGCUAGAUCGUGGUUGCGGCGACGGAGAUUGCGGAUUGACAUUAAAACGAUUUGCCAAUGGUAUUUUAAGUAAUUUAGAAAAUUUAUCCUUGUCGCAUCCAGCAACGUUAUUGUUGGAAAUAGCAAACAUCGCGGAAGAAUGUAUGGGCGGAACUUCUGGAGCUCUAUAUUGUUUAUUUUUUACGACUGGUUCGAAAAUAUUGGCAUCAUUCAGGCAAGAGAAGGAUAUGCGAAGCAUUUGGUUUUGUGCAUUUCGCAGCGGAUUAAAUUGUUUAGAGAAAUACGGAAGAGCGAAAGUUGGCGACAGGACUAUGAUUGAUACAAUGUACGCGGUGUGUACGACGUAUGAAAAAUUGUUAAAGGAGUAUUCUAGUGAUUUUUACGAGAAAAUAACCACAGCAGCAUGGGAAGGAUGUUAUUCUACGAGAAAUAUGAAACCAAAAGCGGGACGAGCUAGUUAUAUAAAACAAGCUCAGUAUUUAAAGGAAAUGGAUGCUGGAGCUUUUGCCGCAGCAGUAUGGAUUACUGCUAUUGUACAGACAAUUACGAAUUUCAUAGAAUAA